AUGUUCCAUACCCCUCCGAUCAAUGAGUCGAACUUUGAUGGGUCUCAAGCCAUCCGAGAAUCGUAUCGGAUUCAAGUAGAAGGCUCGUCCCCUGACUUAUCAAAUUCGUCAAGUAACGGCAACGGCUCGCUGACGAAAGAAGAAAUAGCAUCGGAAAUAGAACAAAUCACAGAACUACCAAUGGACCUGUCGCGCCUGGUUGAUAACUUCAUCGAUGAUCUCAAGCAGCCGAAAUACCUGAAACCGUUGAACGCUGUACAGCUAUCGGGGCUCUUCCAAACGUUUUACGCUAGAUUCGACAAAGCGUCGUUUCAAUGUCUAAACAAGGCCCCCGAUAUGCUCAAUUCUACGUUCUUCACAGCCCGUGAGACUUUGAGCAGCGGGAUUAGUGGCAUUUUCAAUAGGAGCAGAAGUAGCAGCGAUACAGCGAGAAAAAGAUCGUCAUCGCUCUUCAGCACGGACUCAACCAGCGGCAUCCAACCCAUGCUCUCACCAGAAGAAAUAAACAAGCAUCUAAGAAUGACGGAGUUGAACAACUACAGAAUCGAGAAAUUGUUGGAAUUGUGCGAGCACGACAUGUUUAAAAAGAUCCUGGAGGUGGGAACUUCAGUUCCUAACAACGUAUCAAAACUUGGUAAGCCCCAGCGAGAUUUGAAAGUCACAAAUUUAUUCAAAAACAGUCCAGAGUUUCUGGAAUUUGAUAGAGCUGUGUUCGAGAAAAUUGUGGUGCUAUCGGAGAUCACUAAAAGUGGUAAAAUUGAUAUGAUGGAUUUCUUAUCGGUACCACAACAAAAUCUGGACAGUAGCAAGCUGACAGCGCAUUUGGACAAGAUGGUUUAUGGACCUCUUGCUCCAUACGAAAAACUUCUGAACGUGAUAAAAUUGCAUGACGAGAUGACCAAAUCCUUAAAUCAUUUGAGUAAUGAUGAUUUUCUCUCGACGCUCAUUUACUUGAUAAUACAAACCCCAGUCAAGCAUAUUUUCUUGGAUUUGCAAUUCAUUAAACUAUUCCGCUACAACAAAAAGUUGGUUGAAAAGGAUCUUUAUGCUCUCACUAACUUAGAAGCCGCCUUGACUUUUAUAGAGGGACUUACUUUCGAGUCUUUACCUGUCGAAGCCCAAAAAGAAUUGGCAGGGGAUGAGCUGAUUUUGUUGCAAACACCUAUCUCUCAAAAGAUCGCGUUGCCCGAGGUACAAGUUUCCUCCAAUGACAGCUCCCAAAGAUAUUCGGGACUACCUAGGUCAAACUCAUACAAGGAGUUCGAGGGUUUGAGGACAGCUUUCGACUCCUCAUUGCGUAAUAUUUUUGGAAAAAUAAGAUCUUACACACCUCCGGUAGCUCCCCAGCCCCCGGCUACUCAAGAUAAAUUGCCUAAUGGUGUAUUGAACUUGCCAGCAUCUUCUGAUAUAGAUCUGAGCAAGAAAAGAUUGCCAAUAGAAGAUUCUUGGAAAAGUUUACGAAAUCGUGAAUUUGAGGAUUUGAAGUUGAGUGAAAUGAGACAGGUUUUUGAAAACUAUCAAAAACUUUUAGAUGCAUUAGAUAGCCAGUAG